AGGGUGUUAAGCUGAGAGAGAGAGAGAGAGAGAGAGAAAAAAGGGGACAGAGAUGCUGCUGCAGUGAGAUUUGCAGGGUCUGGAUGAAGUCCGACAGUGAAUGCACAGGUGGAAACUCUGCCCUGGACAUAUGUGCGCAGAAUGACAAGUCUCCAGGACGCUCCGCGAGCCGAUCGAGCAACAUAUCGAAGGCAAGUAGCCCUACAACAGGGAACGCUCCCAGGAGCCUGUCACGUACAUCUGUCAGCCCAUCUACUCAGGACAUUUGCAGGAUCUGCCACUGUGAAGGGGAUGAGGAGAAUCCACUCAUCACACCUUGCCGCUGUACAGGGACACUCCGGUUUGUUCACCAGGCUUGUCUGCACCAGUGGAUCAAGAGCUCCGACACCCGCUGCUGUGAACUCUGCAAGUACGACUUCAUAAUGGAGACAAAACUCAAGCCCCUGCGGAAGUGGGAAAAGCUGCAAAUGACAACGAGUGAAAGGAGGAAGAUUUUCUGCUCUGUCACCUUCCACAUCAUCGCCAUCACUUGUGUUGUGUGGUCUCUGUACGUCCUGAUCGACCGAACGGCAGAAGAGAUCAAACAGGGUAAUGACAACGGUGUCCUCGAGUGGCCCUUCUGGACAAAGCUGGUGGUGGUAGCCAUUGGAUUCACAGGAGGUCUCGUGUUCAUGUACGUCCAGUGUAAAGUCUACAUUCAACUGUGGCGAAGGCUAAAGGCAUAUAACAGGGUGAUCUUUGUACAGAACUGCCCAGACACUGGCAAGAAGAUUGACAGGAACACUUCAACCUGUCAAUACUCAGAAAACAGAGACUGCGUAGCUGUGCCUGUGUCACAGACAGAAACAACCUUACAAAGGGCUCCCCAGAUGGAAGUGGCAGUGCCUGAGGUGGCACCCGUCUGAGGCUCUGUCUCUGCUACCGCACACAUUCUUGUGGAUCACUUCCUUUCCAAAGUAUAGGAAACAGCCGGAAAAACUAGUUACACAGACCUUUUUGGAAUCCUGCAAGAAAUAUGGAUCAAAAGUGCACCUGAACAGCAGAACAACCUGUAGCUGUGGAAUCAAAGUAGUGGCAUAUCAAAGUGGUGUGGGACAUGGUACACGUGGUGCAGGCAGCACUGCAAUGAUAGCGUGCAAUGUCAUUGUUAGGAAUUUGUAGCAUUUUUUAAUUUUUCUGCUUUUAUGAUAAAAUGUUUUGCUAUAGUGAGGGCCUGUUUGAAAAUGUUAAUCUCAGAGAACCAGUCUUGAUGGUGUGACAGGUGCUGUUUUACCCUUUGAGAUCACUUGUUAGUCUAAGCUAGUCUAAGUUCUGUUUAAUGAAGGAGGAAUCUGUUCUUGAAAGGGUCGAAUGGCACCCCAUUGCUGCCAGGAAUAAUAAAGGGCAGGAUUUGCAUUUCUCAUGGGAGUUUCUGACAAAACAGUUUUCAUCUCAGCGUCAAGACCUAAUCAACCUUCUAAGAUCCAGCUAACUUCCCAUCGUCAUUAUAGCUAGGGUAUGUGUUUAUUACUUUUUAUUUGUUAAAGUGGAGAGUUCUGAACCUGAAGUUGACCACUGUUUCAUGCGGAUUCUAGGAACAUUUGUCAACGAACUAGAAUCUAUCUGUAGGAAACCCUUUCAUCAAACUUAAUCUACUGCAUGUGUUGAGUACAUUAGAAUCCAUACAUAGUUACACUGAAAAUCAGCCUUACACAUGAUUAUAGACAAAGGAUGUACCGUGUUUUAUGCAAUGAUAAAAAUAUAAGAACAGGCACCACAGAGAGGCAGGUUUCAUCUAGCAGUUAAUGUCAGGUAAUCAUCAUGCUAGUGACUGAUGUGUUGACAGAAAAACUAUUUCUCUUAUUGAAUAAUGUGGCUGCUGCAUCCAGCUGACUGUUCGAAUGGACCAUCAGGAAAGAACCAUGAGAAAAAAGGAGAAGGGCUUCAUCCCUGCACAGUACUGCACCACAAGGUGCUACUCUGCGGAAUUCCCCAGAAAAUCCAGCACAUACAGAAAAGAUUACAUUUAUUUAUUCAACGACUUAACUUGGAUAAUUUACCAAGGCCUUGUAGAAUGGUAACCUUCUUAUUGAGUAAACUGCAAUUCAGUCACUCACACUUGUCAAUCACAUUAGCCCUUUCCAAACACGCAGGUUAUCCCUGUAAAUCCUCCAGUGAGGGCCCUUUUGGGUUGCACUUCAGUCUAUUAUUGGGCCAGCUAAUCCCAUAGCUCUACAACCUGAACUGGCUGCCAUCAGUUAUAAAUCUACCACGAGUCUUAGAGUUGGCUUUUGUCUUGCUUUUGUAUUAUUAAUACACUAUAACUCGGUUUGAUCCGAAACUUUUAAAAAUGUCUGGGGAUUAGAGGAUUAUGUUUAAUUGAAUGUCGGCCCUAUCUGGCACAGACAGUGCAUUAAUUGGAGCAUUUAUGAAUUUGUACCAAAAUGUUUCAUGACCUUUCAACAUAUCAAAAAGCACAGGAUCAAACUGUAUUGCAAACCUGAUGAAUGGACUUAACAGGAGCAAUAAAAGGUUGACUGCUGUUUGUUGUUGCACUACAGAACCAUAUUCCCACUUCUUAAGAACAACUUUGCUUCAGCCCAAGAUUUGAUGUGUUGUGUGGAGAAAUGACUUGGGUGCAAUAAUUUAAUGAAUGUACAACCUACACCCAAGCCCAACAAUAUCACAACCACAAACUGGAAGAGUUGUAGAUAUUUUGCUGUCUUUUGUAUUGAGAUGAUAAUUCUUCCUCCCAUCCCCACCCAAACUAGAAGACAUUCGAUUUAGAGCAUGAAAAAGGGUCACUACUGUGGAUGUUUUAAACAACACUCUGCUUUGGCAGAAAUUAUGGAAUUGCCGCAUUCCAGGAGGGAAUGCUAAUAUUUAGCAUUGAGCUGCAGGUUUGGACAGGAGGAUAAAGUGGCUGUGUUUCAAUCCUUCUCUCUGUCUGGAGCUAAUAUCAAUCUAUGAUAGUGCUCAAGAGCAAAGACCCACACAUAUCAAGCUUGUCAAAUAUUUUACUAUAUCAACAUUUUCCCAUCACAAGUGUGUGAUGUGAUUCUUUCCCCGCCGCCCUCGCCCCCUCCUCAAUUCUACUUCUUCAUUCAAAAAUUACCACAUUGAUGAAUAAAACCUUUUGAGCCCCACUUGUAUAUUUCUUAAUCAGAAAUGACUGUGUAGUUUUUAAUUUUGUCCAAUUCUUUAGCAAGAUGAGUAUUAUGUCUGUGAAGUAAUUGUAUAUUUAAGAUAGGAAAUGGAUGAAAUCCAAUGGAAUUAUUUAAAUAUUACAUGUUUGUGCAAUAUAUUUAUAAAAUA